CUCUGUGGCCUACAACAAUCAAGCCCAAUUCCGAGGCUGCUUGUUACAAUGGCUCUAACCGCACUGUGUGGAUUGCUGCUAUGGGGGCAUCUCCCAUUGGCCUCUUCAUUGCAUGCCAGUUCACAGUCUCUGCUUCAGUCUUCGUCCCAGACGCCUAGCUCGACGGGCUUGCAAGAAGUCUUCCAGGUCUAUCAACCAGUAUCAUUCAAGCCCAGCGGAGAUAACAGCUGCAAUGUCGAGCUAUUACUUAUGGAUCAUAUUUUCGGGGCAAGUUAUGGAUCGCCUUUCGUGGGCGACUAUGAGCCCCCAAGCUGUGACUUUGAUACUAUCCAGAUCAAUCUUACAGUCAUCUCCCGGGGGAGGCAGUAUGAUCGACUAGCGUUGAUGUACCUUGGGGACAAUGAAGUAUUCCGGACUUCCACAGCAGAGCCAACUGCAAAUGGAAUUGUCUGGACUUAUAUCAAAGAAAUGUCACAGUAUAAUUCGCUCUGGCAGGCUCCCCAGAAGCUGAUCUUUGACUUGGGCAAUAUCGUUAACGACGUUUACACCGGUUCGUUCAAUGUGACCUUGACGGCACACUUCUCCUACAGACAAGCUAUCCCAACGGAUAACACCACUGUCAUGCUCGAGAUUCCGGCUGCGGCAUCGCGCGCUGUUGUAUCGAUCUCAGCAUGCGGUCAAUCAGAGGAAGAAUUCUGGUGGUCUAAUGUUCUCAAUGAGGAUACUCAAUACUUUGAAAGCACUCCAGAGAUUGAUAUUUCUCCAUUUCUUCCCAUGCUUCAAGAUGGUGAACUGCAUUCAUUUGAGAUCCGGGUGCCUGGUCUCAAUGCCUCGGUUAAUGGAAUAGCAACCCUGGCGAAUACUGUUGGUUCAUACUGGGUUAUCACGGGAAAUAUCUUCCUCUAUACUGGGGAGGAUUCUGCCUCUGAGGCUGUUACUGUGAAUGAUAGCGAAGUUCCACGAGUGGAGGCUCCUUUACCAACGUUUACCAUCUCUCGGAAACUUGCGCAUAAUUACACUGGAGGGAACGACUCUUUAUCGUACUCCGUGGUGGCCGAGAGAACUUUCAGAACAGAGUCUUCUCGAUUCUCGUGGUCUCAAACCUUGUCUUUUUCUAAUUACGGCCUACUCAAUCAGCAAGGAUACAGCCAAGUCAACAAACAGCUUACUGCUGGAAAGAACAUUAUCACGGAGCGUGCCGACAUAGUCACAUCGAACAGCACUUCAUUCGAAUACCCCUUAGUUGUGAACGCAACCUACGGCAUUACCACAAACGGGCUGACGAUCGACUCUUGGAUGACGAGAGGUCCCAAGUUCGAGACAACAGGAGGGCCCGAUCAGUUACUGGCGGACCUUCAGCUUCAUGGGGUGACAGUUGAGAAAUAUGAAAGCGAAGCAUACGAACAAACGUACCAACAGUCUGUUCACGCAAUCAAUGGGACCGUUGUGUAUAACACGGAUUCCCAUGGCAAGGCCCAGGCAUCUCCACAAGACCAUGAAUCAGGGAGAGGCAGCGUGAGAGCUAUUCUUGGGAAUGGGCCUGGGUCUCCCGCACUCUGA